AUGGGCUCCAGGCUGUGCAUCAUUCUGUUGACUGUCUUUGCGUUCACGAUCCAUGCAUUCCCUCCAGAGGCCUACGGACCGAUCGGCCAACGACGUUGCUUCCAGCCCGUCCGUAUUGAGAUUCCAGAGUGUCAGAACACAUUCUACAACUUCACAGGCCUGCCUAACCUAGUGGGACAGGAGUCUCAGGUGGAUGCUAGACAUCAGCUCCAGACCUUCAAGCCUCUCAUCACCUACAAGUGUUCCAACCAGUUGGCCUUCUUCCUCUGCUCUGUCUAUGCUCCCAUGUGUGACGUCAAUACUCACCACCUCAUCGGCCCCUGUCGGCCGUUGUGCGAAAGGGUGCGGAAACGUUGUUCCCCAGUGCUUCGUAUCUUUGAUUUUGACUGGCCGGCCAAUUUAAACUGUUCACGAUUUCCUGAGCGCAACACGGUGGGUGGCGCCAUGUGCAUGGAGGGACCCGAGGCCGGGGAGGAUGAAGAGGAUGCGGAUACGCCAACAGUCGAUGUCAGUGCCCACGGGUCCUCGGAAGGCGAAGUGAGCAAAGCGGAGUGGCCCCAGAAGCCCUCCGCAGCGGGGACCUCACACACCGGCAGGGGGGAACUGGCCGAGGAGAGGGGCAUCAUACCCGCUGAAGGCAUCAUUCGACAGAUUGAGGAUCUACCCGAAGCUGCAAAUAUGGAUCUCUCCAAGCUGGGCCCACAACUGCAGAAUUGGUUAGCCAGUCUGAACCAGAACCCUCUGUCAACCUUCUUUGGAAAUAAUGAGAUCCCAGUGGCGCUGUUGGUCUCCUCACUGCGUUUCUGUUCCCAUCUCUACAAACCCACCUCGUAUAUAUUUAUCAACAGGACGGGACGUUGUGCACCGCACUGCUCCGCAGACAUCCUUUUCUCUCAGAACGCCAAGACUCUGGCCACUGUUUGGACUAGUGUUAUCUCAGGACUCUGUCUUCUAGCGACCACUUGUGCCCUGCUAAGUUAUGCCAUCCACCCGAGUCUUUUUUACCCGCUGGAGCGGCCUGUCAUCUACAUUGCUGGUUGCCAACUAGCCUACGCGCUGGGAUUUGCUCUACGUUUGAAACUGGGUCGUGAGGCGGUGGCCUGUGGAGUGGAUCCGGCCUCCGGCUACAGUAUUCGCCUGCAGGAGGGCCUAGAAAACUCAAAUUGCGCCCUGGUCUUCCUCAUACAGUACUACUUUUUCGUUGCUGGAGCAAUAUGGUGGGCAAUGAUGGUCAUUGGCUGGACCAGACGUACUUCUUAUGCAUAUCGUCUAAUGCGUAACCCUUCCCGGGACUCGGCUAGCGCCUACGUACCCCCCAAGAGCCCCUGUUGCUGUCUUGGCGGCUCAACACGCGGUGAAACACCUUUCGUCUUUGAGGAAGCUGGUGCUUUCAUGGACGCGACCACUUGUGCCCUGCUAAGUUAUGCCGUCCAGCCGAGUCUUUUUCACCCGCUGGAGCGGCCUGUCAUCUAUAUUGCUGGUUGCCAACUAGCCUACGCGCUGGGAUUUGCUCUACGUUUGAAGCUGGGUCGAGAGGUGGUGGCCUGCGGAGUGGAUCCGGCCUCUGGGUACAGUAUUCGCUUGCAGGAAGGCCUAGAAAACUCCAACUGUGCUCUGGUCUUCCUCAUACAGUACUACUUUUUCAUUGCUGGAGCAAUAUGGUGGGCAAUGAUGGUCAUUGGCUGGACCAGACGUACCUCUUAUGCAUAUCGUCUAAUGCAUAACCCUUGCCGGGACUCGGCUAGCGCCUACGUACCCCCAAAAAGCCCCUGUUGCUGUCUUGGCCGCUCAACACUCGGUGAAACACCGUCCGUAUUUGGGGAAGCUGGUGCUUACAUGGACGCUAAAUCAGGAGCCGAGGCCAACAGAUCGCAUGGUCCCCCGAGCGGUGUUAAUCCCGCUGCCGUGGGCCCCAGUGGCGGUGCGCAGCCAGCGACCACGAGUUCCCUCCGCGCCUCUCAUGUUAAUCGACGUAUCCAGACUGCCAGUUCGAACAGCAUUGAUCUCAACUGCCUGGCCAAGGAGCACGUGAUUGCAUGGCUCACCCCUGGACUUCUCACAGUGGCGGUCCUUGUCACUCGUCAGGUAAGCAGCGCAUACGCGCAUGCACAUUUACUCAUUUAUAUUUGA